ACCGAAUUGAAUACCGAAACAUUAACAGCUUUAGUAGAGAUAGUCUAAAUAUACCUUUAUUUUUGGUUUAUGUUUGUUCUGUCUGAAGACCAAUUUUAUCGAUCCCAUUCUAUGUUAUAUCAUCAAAUUAUAUAAUCAAUUUCUUAAAUAUUAAAAUGUAAGAAUCUACUGUUUUAAUCGAAAGACACGGCUAGCCAUUCUGGCUAAUUAAUUUAUGCUAGCUCCUGAUCUGAUACACAGGCAAUAAAAAAGAACUUUUUGUCAAUGUAAAUGUGGUCUAGUUUAUAACAGUUGAUAUCUAAAUGUGUUUGUGUCUGGCCAAAAGUUUCACCAAGUUCCAAGUUUUUGCUUAGGAAUAGAUUAUAAUUUAUAUAAUUGGAAUUUAACACGAUUGUUUAACUUUUUAAGUUUAUUUAUUGUGAGAUGUUAUUUAAAUUAUAUUUCUUAAUAAUCAGCUGGGCUGUAAAUAGAAGGAUGGAGGCCAGUGGCAGACCCUCAACAGCACAGACUGUUUUGCUGGCCACCAGUUCAGCUCUGACUGCUGUAUUAUACACCAUAUACAAGAGGAAGGCAAGCCAUGUAACUAGAUUAAGGGAGGCCAAGAAGUUGCCAUUAAACCCAGAUCUCCAAACUAUUCUCGCCAAAGCACCAGGAAAAUGUGUACCUUAUGCAGUUAUUGAAGGUGUUGUGCGGUCAGUGAAGGAGACCUUGAACAGCCAGUUUGUUGACAACUGCAAAGGGGUCAUCGAGAGGUUGACCUUGAAGGAGAAGAAGAUGGUGUGGAAUCGCACAACACAUCUCUGUAUCUACUGCGGAAGAAGCAAAGGAAAGAGCGCAGCCUUCUGGACGAGUACAGGAAGUUGCAGAGCAGACGAAUCCAGGAGCUUAACCUGGCAGAGGAUGAUGUGUCACCUAGUAUGUGCACCGUAUGCCUAAGUAAUGAGCGUUCAUGUGUGUUUCUAGAAUGUGGCCAUGUAUGUACCUGUGAGGAGUGCUACAAGGCCCUGCCCAUACCGAAGAAAUGUCCCAUUUGUAGGGCUAGGAUAGACAGGAUUGUCCCUCUGUAUAAAAGCUAAAGGCCUUAUUAUGAAUAUUGUGUGCUCUAACUUUGAAAUGUGUUGAGGGCAGUUUAUUGUGUACAAGCACAGCAUUUUCAUGCCAUGUCACAUUAACUGAUGUAGGAAUCUGUGAUAAUCCAAUUCCUCAGUAAGGACAAGCAUUCUUCCAGUUUGUGUUGCUAACAGGGAGUUGUUUAUGUAUGUUGUUGACUGUACUCUAUGAUUUUUGGGAAUUGCAAUCAUCACUUGUGCCUGACUGAAAUUUAAUGCAGUUUGGAAUUUCACUCCAAAUCAAAUCAAAAGAAAAAAAAAUGGGAAUUGAAAAAAAAAGAAAAGAAAAAUUAUUGAUGACUUUUUUUCAGACUAUUAAAAUGUAUUGCAUUUGUGACAUUAUUUUAUAUUUUCUCCCCCAAAUAUAUAUAUAAAAUAUAUACACACACUGGCAGCAAAAAGUUUGGAAUAAUGUACAGAUUUUGCUCCUAUGGAAAGAAAUUGGUACUUUUAUUCACCAAAGUGGCAUUCAGCUGAUCACAAUGUAUAGUCAGGACAUUAAUAACUUGAAAAAUUACUAUUACAAUUUGAAAAAAAAUGUUCAGAACUUCUUAAACUACUUCAAAGAGUUCUCAUCAAAAAAUCCUCCACAUGCAGCAAUGACAGCUUUGCAGAUCCUUGGCAUUCUAGCUGACAGUUUGUCCAGAUAACUUUCUCUGAAUUAUUAAAGGGGAAUCUCUAAAUGGCAGAGAAAAUUCAACUCAAUCAUCAUGUUCUUCCUUUAUUUUUCUAUAUGAAAACUGUAUUGGUUUGGUUCUACCUAUUAUUAUUUUACAAACAACAUUGCUUCAAAAGAUUACCAAAGCAAUUAAAGUUCUGUA